GUUUCAUUGCUUGUUGUUUCGUCUGGUUCAAUACGCUUAUCCCAGUGAGUUUGACGGGCCCACUGGCCCAGAAGCUUCUCAAGCUCAAGCAUUUACUUUUCUAGUUAGAGACCAACGUCUUGGGGCUAACGUGGGAUCCGCUCAAGGACCUACUGGUUUAGGUAACUAUUUCAUGCAUUCCCCAGGUCAUUUUUUGAUUUGAGGAGAAAGAAUGCGCUUUUCAAAAAUGGUCGGAAGAAAUGCACCGGGUUUCAAUUCGAUUUCCGGCUGGCUGGUUUUGAUGCAAAAAAGACAAAACGGGAUUGGAUUUCCACUCAUAAGGAAGGAAGGUUAGAUACCUUUGACAGGGUUGUAUUUUUGGUUGAAAUGGGAUGGUGUUCAAACUCCCGAGAUGCAGUCUAGACAGCGGGCCCUCCCCUUUCUGACUGGACUGACUCGGGGAAGGGUCAAUCUCCUCCGGAGCAUGCUUCACAGCCACUCAUUCGUCCUGACGAAAGGUAUACGAAUCUCUCUCUCAGCGAUUCCUUUCUCCGCUAAUCACCCCUUCCCAACCAGCCCGCCCGAUCGAUCUUGUAAGAUCGGCGAAUUCAUAGGGGUUAAUCUGGUCUGAAGUUGUCGGAACGAAUCGUUUGCUUUAUCGAACAAAGCUUUAUUAGGGGGUCUUGGUUGGCCCCCUAUUUUCAACCAUUACAGCUGGCGUCGACCAGCUUUGCGAUACGGACGGACACGAAGAAGAACGCAGGCAGCGGAAAUGCAAAAGAGAAGAGCAAAGAUUCCCGACCCAGAGCAUGUUAUUGACUCAACCACAAAUAUGUUGAAUGAAGGUAGCUUGCUUACUCUCAGCCACUAGUUAGAAGGAAAUCCCUUGACUUCGCUUAUGCUCAGUCAAGUGAGGCGGGCUAAGAUUCCAUUCGAAGUAACGUAACAGGAUUCGAUGUUGCACCAUCUUCAACUCUUCUCGGGAUCCGGAGUUUUUCGAGAAAAGGUCCCAUCCUUCAAUAUCAUGAUUGGGUCGACCAGGCCAGAUCAUGAGUGAAAUAUCAUGAUCGGGUCGACCAGGCCCGAUCAUGAGUGAAUAGAAAAUCGAAAACGUACAUAGCUGUUCCAGCGGAAAUACUUGGAAUAAUUCUACCACUUCUACUAGGAGUAGCCUUUUUAGUGCUAGCUGAACGUAAAGUAAUGGCUUUUGUGCAACGUCGAAAGGGUCCUGAUGUAGUGGGAUCGUUCGGAUUGUUACAACCUCUAGCAGAUGGUUCGAAAUUGAUUCUAAAAGAACCUAUUUCACCAAGUAGUGCUAAUUUCUCCCUUUUUAGAAUGGCUCCAGUGGCUACAUUUAUGUUAAGUCUGGUCGCUCGGGCCGUUGUACCUUUUGAUUAUGGUAUGGUAUUGUCAGAUCCGAACAUAGGGCUACUUUAUUUGUUUGCCAUAUCUUCGCUAGGUGUUUAUGGAAUUAUUACAGCAGGUCGGUCUAGUAAUUAGGGGGGCGGCCGUUCGGUCGCCUAUGAUACUAGGACCAAUGGGUCAAAAAUGGGUUUGUGCCGCAGGUGUUGAACGAUCUACUCUACACAGGUGUGGGCUUACAGGGCUAGGGCUCAUAAACCCUUUCUUUCAUUCAUCAAUAGGGCCCUGGUCGGUCACUUUUCCGGGCCGGGAUCGAGAAGUGGAAGUCAUAAAAAAGAGAUGUUUCUCUUCGCACCUCAGAUCAAGAGGAAGGGUAGCUUGUCAAGCUGGCCUAUAUGUUUAAAUAAAAAAGAAAUAUAAAAAUAUAAAAAAAAAGAUUCGCUGUCUUUUAACCGGCUGUUCUUCUUUGUCAACGCUACUAAGGACCUAUAGCCUACUUUACUUAUGAAAGAGGGUUAUU